AUGUUUAAAAAUUUUAUUAAAAGUUCAUUACCGAUACUUAACUGUUUAAAAUGUCGGCAACUAAACAGAGUACGCGAAAAUACUCAGGAGUUUCGUAAAACUAGAAAUUUACACUUGCCUACGAAUAAUUUACCAACCAUGGAGCGGGAUCAUAUUGAAGAAAGACAAAUCCUGGGGAUCCACGGUCUACUUCCAGCAGCAGUAAAAACCCAAGAAGAGCAACUGGAACUGUGUCGGUUGAAUUUAGAUCGUUACACAGACGAUCUGUCUAAAUACAUUUACUUAACCAGCUUACUCGAUAGGAAUGAGCGUCUGUUCUACCGUUUGCUCGGCGAGAACGUCGAGAAGAUGAUGCCUCUGGUCUACACACCAACUGUCGGGCUCGCGUGCCAGAAAUUCGGUCUAAUCUAUCGGCGUCCCCGGGGUCUCUUCAUCAGCAUUCACGACAAGGGGCACGUGUACGACGUGGUGAAGAACUGGCCUGAACACGAUGUCAGAGCCGUGGUAGUUACCGACGGUGAGAGGAUUUUGGGUCUCGGUGAUCUGGGUGCUAACGGGAUGGGCAUUCCUAUUGGAAAACUCUCCCUGUACACCGCGCUGGCAGGCAUUAAACCUCACCAGUGUCUUCCAAUCACUCUGGACGUUGGUACCAAUACUCAGUCUCUUCUGGAUGAUCCUCUCUACAUCGGACAUCGGCAUCAGCGAGUCACUGGUCAAGAGUACGAUGAUUUUAUCGACGAGUUCAUGAAAGCUAUUGUCAAGCGCUACGGCCAGAAUACUCUGAUCCAGUUUGAAGAUUUUGGAAACAGGAAUGCAUUCAGAUUGCUGAUCAAAUACCGCGAUCAUUACUGUACUUUCAAUGAUGACAUCCAAGGUACUGCUUCUGUUGCUGUUGCCGGUUUAUUAGCUUCUCUGAGAAUUACUAAAACAAAAUUGGCUGACAAUUCUAUUGUCUUUCAGGGUGCUGGAGAGGCCGCACUAGGAAUCGCCGGGUUAUGCGUCAUGGCAAUGAUGAAAGAAGGAAUAAGCGAAGAAGAGGCAAUCAGCAAGAUCUGGAUGGUUGAUUCUAAAGGAUUGAUUGUUAAAAAUCGUCCUUCUGGUGGAAUUACCGAACACAAGGCUAAGUUCGCCCGUGAUCAUGCUCCAAUUGAUACAUUAGUUGAAGUAGUGAAGACAGUGAAGCCCACGGUAUUGAUCGGAGCCGCUGCAAUUGGUGGUGCCUUUACUAAAGAGAUUCUUCAUGAUAUGGGAGAAUUCAACGAGAGACCAGUUAUCUUUGCUUUGAGUAACCCUACUAGCAAAGCUGAGUGCACUGCUGAAGAAGCUUACACUGCAACAAAUGGACGUUGUAUAUUCGCAAGUGGAUCUCCCUUUGAUCCAGUGACUUUAAAUGGAAAAACUUACCAUCCAGGACAAGGAAACAACAGCUAUAUCUUCCCAGGUAUUGCUCUUGGUGCUAUUUGCGCUGGUAUGAAAACAAUCCCUGAAGAAACAUUCCUCGUUGCCGCUAACGCUCUUGCGGAUAUUGUCACAGUAGAGGAUUUAGAUUCUGGAAAUUUGUACCCUCCACUUAAUCACAUUCGGGAUUGCUCGCUUAAGAUUGCUGUGAAAAUUAUGGAUUACGCGUACAAUGAAUCUUUGGCAACCGUACAUCCUCAACCGGAAAAUUAUAACGAGUUUAUUAACGCUCAAUUGUAUGAUACUGAUUACAAAACUGCACUACCUGUUACGUAUUCAUGGCCUAAACUUUAA